CGCUGACAGCGGCGGGGCAACACCUGGACGGGUGCGGGGCGGAGCCCGGGGUGCAUUUUCUGGGGGAGAGAAGGUUCCCCGAGCCGGGUCCGGAGGAAGGUAUCACAAGAUGUUCAGGUGCUGCAGCCUCUCCUCAAGUUGAUGACCCAGACACAGGGAGAAUCAACUGAGUCUGAGACUGGUCCAGAGUGGGAGUGUGAGUAGGAAUGCCACUGUGGGAACAAGUGAGCUGUCUGGCAAGGAAUGCAGCGUCCUUCUGAGAGCCUCCUCUCCACGUCGUUCCCCAGACCACCGCUUCCUCUCUGGAAGGACCAAGGAGGACUUUGCAAUCAGCCACCUGAAACUUUUGCCGGGCCAACGUAAGACUUGCGCUGCAGAACUGAACGUGAUAUUACUUCAUUUAGUUUUUUGCAUCUUCUAAUCAUUGAGCAACAGUCAUAGUUGUUUUGCUUUGAGAACUAUAAGCCAGAUUGGUUGCUCUUAUUUUUGUGUAUAAUUUUCAUAAUGAUUGACUUGAGCUUCCUGACAGAGGAGGAGCAAGAAACCAUCAUGAAGGUUCUGCAGCGGGAUGCUGCCCUGAAGAGGGUUGAAGAGGAGAGAGUCAGGGAGGUCAGAAAGAGCAGUUUGAAGAAUACUAAGAAGUCUAGAGUAUUGGCAAGUAGAGUCCAGGGACAUUUGCCUGAAAAAAUUAAGGAUGACCAACAGUUGAAGAAUAUGAGUGGUGAGUGGUUUUAUGAAGCCAAGGCAAAAAGGCACAGAGACAGAAUUCAUGGUGCAGAUAUCAUCAGAGCAUCCAUGAGAAAGAAGAAGCUCCAGGUAGCAGCCGAGCAGAGUAAGGACAGAGCAAAUGAGGCAAAGGCAAGUUGGGUGAAUAACGUCAACAAAGAUGCUUUCCUUCCCCCAGAACUAACUGGUGCUGUGGAUGAGCCAGAAGAUGUCGCCCCAGCAAGCCCAAGUUCUAGCAUGGUGAAUCCAGCCUCCACCGUGAUGGAUACAUCCCAGGAAAACACAAGGAAGUCAGCUGUGUCUCUGGCUAAGCAAAGGAAAAAUCCGUUUAAUAGCUCCAAGUUGCCAGAAGAUCACUUAUCUCAACAAACCAAAAGUGAGCUGUCACAAAAUGGAAAGGCUGGUUUCUCUCAGACUUCAAAAGAAGGUGAAUUGUCAGAGUCAAAAGAAAACUCAUCUAUCCCAGAUACUUCAAGCCAAAAUUUAGAGAAACCAAAGCAGACAUUUCCAGGCUCUGAGAAUGGAUCUCCGGUCAAAGCUCCAAUCCCCAAAGCCAGGAAAAUUCUCCCCAAAUCACAUGAGUUAAAGCAAGAAGAUAACCAGUCUUUUCCUCGACAAAGGACAGACUCCCUAAGCACAAGGGGCGUUCCCAGGGGGAUCCUGAAACGCAACUCUAGUUCCAGCAGCACAGACUCGGAAACAGUUCGUUUUCAUCAGAACUUGGAACCCAAAACCAAAAUUGUGUUCCCUGGCCUCACCAUCCAUGAGAGAAUUUCUGAGAAGGAGCAUUCUUUAGAAGAUGACUUCUCAAACUCCCUGGAGCCAUUGAAGCAUGUGAGAUUUUCUUCAGUGAAGGAUGAGCUCCCCCAGAGUCCUGGGCUAAGCCAUGGCCGGGAAGUAGGAGAAUUUAGUGUUUUAGAAUCUGAUAAGUUAAGGAAUGGAACGGAGGAUAAUGUGGACAUUGAUGAGUUCUGGAAUGACCCUAAGCCUUCCCAAUACAGGAAGCCUUUGCCUUUACAUCAGUCAGCCUCAAGCCCAAGUGCAUCAAAAAAUGGAACACAGCGGCCAAUGACUUCUGGUUCUUUUCCAAUGAAUGGGCACCAUUCUCCCUUAGAAGUUUUAACUCCAAGACCAGAGUCUGUUGAAAAUGCAUCCACCACCAAUGAACACAAAGCUAAACCAUUAGAAUUAUUAAGGCUUGAAUCAGAAUUGUCCAAAAACCCUGCUGAUGGACUGUCUUGUGUUGAGCCUGAGCCAUCUCAGGUGCCAGAUCACAGUUCUAGAGACUGUCAGCAAGGUUCAGAGGAAGAACGCAGUCCUGUCUUGAAAACUUUGGAAAGGAGUGCUGCUAGGAAAAUGCCUUCCAAAAGUCUAGAAGACAUUUCAUCAGAUUCACCAAGUGAGAAUAAAGAUCAAGCAAAAGUAGAUAAUCUGCCAGAAGAAUUAGUACGUAGUGCUGAAGAUGUUUCCACAGUGCCUUCACAGCCUGAUAAUCCGUUUUCCCACCCUGACAAACUCAAAAGGAUGAGCAAGUCUGUUCCAGCAUUUCUCCAAGAUGAGAGUGAUGGCAGAGAAACAGAUACAGCCUCAGAGGGCAGUUACCAGCUCAGCAGACACAAGAAGAGCCCAAGCUCUUUAACCAAUCUUAGCAGCUCCUCCAGCAUGACGCCCCUGUCUUCUGUGAGCGGCAGCGUGAUGAGCAUUUACAGUGGAGACUUUGGCAAUCUGGAAGUGAAAGGAAAUAUUCAGUUUGCAAUCGACUAUGUGGACUCACUGAAGGAGUUACAUGUCUUUGUGGCCCAGUGUAAAGACUUAGCAGCAGCGGAUGUUAAAAAACAGCGCUCAGACCCAUAUGUAAAGACCUAUUUGUUACCAGACAAGGGCAAAAUGGGCAAGAAGAAAACACUUGUAGUGAAGAAGACUUUGAAUCCUGUGUAUAAUGAGAUAUUGCGGUAUAAAAUCGAAAAGCAAAUCUUAAAAACACAAAAGUUGAACCUCUCUGUUUGGCAUCGGGAUACAUUUAAACGCAAUAGUUUUCUAGGAGAAGUGGAACUUGACUUGGAAACUUGGGACUGGGACAACAAACAGAAUAAACAAUUGAAGUGGUACCCUCUAAAGCGAAAGACAGCACCCGUUGCCCUUGAGGCAGAAAACAGAGGUGAAAUGAAGUUAGCUCUCCAGUAUGUCCCAGAGCCAAUUCCUGGUAAAAAGCUUCCUACAACGGGAGAGGUGCACAUCUGGGUGAAGGAAUGUCUUGAUCUACCACAGCUAAGGGGCAGCCAUCUAAAUUCUUUUGUUAAAUGUAUCAUCCUUCCAGAUACAAGUAGGAAAAGUCGUCAAAAAACCAGAGCUGUAGGGAAAACCACCAGUCCUGUCUUCAACCACACCAUGGUGUAUGACGGGUUCAGGCCUGAAGAUCUGACAGAAGCCUGUGUAGAGCUUACUGUCUGGGACCAUUACAAGUUAACCAACCAGUUUUUGGGAGGUCUUCGGAUUGGCUUUGGAACAGGUAAAAGCUAUGGUACUGAAGUGGAUUGGAUGGACUCUACUUCAGAGGAAGUUGCUCUCUGGGAAAAGAUGGUAAAGUCCCCCAACACUUGGAUUGAAGCAACGCUGCCUCUCAGAAUGCUGUUGAUUGCCAAGAUUUCAAAAUGAACCCAAAGUCGACUGGCCCCUCCACUGAAAACUACUAAACAGGUGGAAUCAGAUCUUGAAAAUCUGACCGUGUAGACAGAUGCUCACCUGCUGCCCCUUGCCACUAACGGAGGCUACACAGCAUGUUAAAGUCAACCUGCAUAAGCUUCUUUCGUUAUAAGCCCCCCAAGAUUUAAGUAAGAAGUAUGUAACUUAUUUGUGACUUCAACAUUAAAGGAAUAUUUGAGAAAGCUAGGAAAAUCAAACGGUUGAUGCUGCUUCAGAGAAAAAGCCGUCAAGGAGAUUAAAUGUUGGGUGCUUUUAAGCAGCAAAAUAUUCUAGUUUGCCGUCCUGUGUUUCACACCACAUGCCAUGCUGCAGUUAGGAGGGCUUGCUACUCAGUGGUUGAAGAUCCUCGCAGGAACUGAAAAUACGUAGUUUUUUGGAAAAGAGGGAAAGAAAAAUACACCUAGAAGGAGGGGGAAAUGCAGAAUAUUCGUGAUAAUAAAGCAUUUGACCAUAAGAAAACUAUUUACUUUGUAAUCUCUAUUAAAAUAUGGAAUUCUGGGUUAGGGCCAUAGGACUGAAUCUACCGCAUGUAUUUCUGCCUUUGAAAGUGCUUUCUGCUUUCCCAGCGUCAAAGUCUCAGAUAUGAUUUGGUGCCACCCACUGGCUCAUAGGUGGAAUUCAACUUUUGGCUUAAUUUUCUCCUAAGAUCUCAAGCCUGUAUUUUCCAAUAGACUGUAAAAAAACAAAACCAAAACCUUACAUAUAUGAUUCUGUUUUUCCUAUAACUCUACUAUAUGAAAUUAGCAUGCGAGUGCUCACAGACAAGCUUUGCAACAAAGUUUUAAUUAGAAUGUAAACUGUACUUCCUAUGUAUGUAUAAUUUUCAUAAAGUAUUUUGUAAAAACCCUUAGAAUAAAUUAUUAUAU